AUGGAGUACACCGAUUGGUACGAAGAACCAAACUACAUUGUUAAUUUUAAAGAUUUACCCAUUCACGUUUUAUUCAUUAUUUUUGAAAAUCUGGAUAUGCGAUCACUUCUUGUUUUAUGUUGCGUAUGCAAAAACCUUUAUAACAUUAUUAGCGAUGAGUACUUGAGUUUAAAAAGUGCUUCCCUUUUGAUAACAAGUCAACACUCGGCGAAAGCUCGAAAUAAAUCUUUGAGAUUAUUUUCUGGUGUUGAUAAAUAUAGAUUAAAUUUUCACUGGAAAAAUAAAUAUUACAAUGAAAAUAUAUUUUUGAAGUCAAGAGAAAGGUACAGACCUUGGCUUACUUUGGACAGCAAUAACUUAUACAUUAGCAGAGGUUCUGAAAUACUUUCUUUUAAAAGAUUUAAAAAGGGUAUUGGUAAGAAACCGAGCAUAGUGUUUAAAGGACAUUGUGAAGAUGUCGUUCGUUUCAGUGUCAAAGAUGGGAUAAUGAUCAGCGGUGGAAAUGAUGGUAAAAUUUGUUGUUGGAAACCCAAAACUGGAAAACUUUUAUUCAGUGUUAAAAAUCCCAUAGGUUGGAAUGAAAAUUUAUACAUUGAUUUUUCUCAUAGAACAUUAGUUUCUGCAUUUAGCGUUUUUGGCUUAUUAAAAUUUUGGUCCAUUAAAGAAAAAGAAUUUAUUUUUGAAAAACAAAUUCAAAUGAAUGAUAGGCUUAGAACAGUAUCAUUAAGCGAAGAUGGAACAAUUUGCGCAGUCGGUUCUUCAGGCUAUAAAGCAUGUCCCCUUAAUAUUUUCGAUUUAAAUAAAGAAAUGUUCAGUAUCAGUAUUUUUGAAAAGUUUAAAACUGGAGCUGGAAUUUUUGAUAUAAUUUGGGAAUCUCCCAAUGUUUUAUUAACUUGCGGUUAUGACACAUACAUCAGAUUAUGGGAUGUUAGAAUGGGACACUGUGUCAGAUCAUGGACAGAUCCAUUUGAUAAUGCUAUUUAUAGUUUAGCAACUGAUUACAAUUGGACAAUAAUGUCUGGUUCUGGUGUUCACAGCAGAGUCACUCUUUGGGAUAAACGACUUUCAUCCCAUGUUCUUAUAUAUCACAUGACUAAUCAAACAUGUUUGGGGAGUCCAGUUUAUAAAUUUGAUUUCGAUCCAAGAUAUAUGUUUGUAGCCCUCGACUCUUCAUUGAAUAUAUUAGAUUUUGCCACAAAGUCCUCCACGCCGCAUUUUUUAUAA